CUUGUUACCAAAUAACUUGCAGCAGCCACCAUGGGAGGCUUCUAUGUUCUCGACCCUUAUACAGGGCAGAAGACAGUCGAAGACCUUGAAGAAGCUAUCCGAAAAUCAAAAUGCGCUGUAAACUUCAUGGGCCGGAAGACGAUUUCACUCAGCGAGCACAAACUUGAUCUUAGCGACGACACGAAGACAGUGGCGAAGAUUGCAAGAAAGUACGGCAUCAAGAUUUACUACCAUGAUCUCGACGAUGAGUUCCGCGGCUCUGAGGCUGGACAACUCGACAAGAGUUUCAAGAUUCUUGACCCCUUUUCCCAUAUUGUUACCGGCGGAACGGUGACCUAUCGACGUGGUGCCGUGGAUACGGGGCUACGGUCGCAUUACGACGCUGAGUGGCCGCUACUAUGGAAGUCCCUUUAUACAUCUCGGUUGCGUGAAGCCUAUUCUGCUCAUGUCGUGGUUGCCGGGGAGGAGGACGACGAUGGAAAAUGGACGAGCUACGCUCACUACCCCUUUCUUCUGAAGGAGGCUCAUUCAGCAUGGCCGGCAGUAGCAAUGCUUGUCUAUCUCGUUAGGAACUUCCCCUUGGACAAGGAGGAGCAGGAUAGCAUAGAGAGUGUAGCUGGGGCGCUGGACAAACACUUUCCGGGGUGGAGGACGUUGAAAUUCCGGUGACCUGUGAUCUUCCUACUCCUCGAUAGGGCGUGAGCAAAUCGCCCAAAAGAGCCUAGCUAGCCAGGUAGAGACAGGUCUUUGAGGGGACGCAUCUAUCUUGUAGCGAGGACCCGGUUGCUCCGACCUUCGAGCCGAGAGUUUCCAAUGGCAAGCAAGCCACACUCUCCGACCCCCUGUUAGUGCAGACACUCUCCAACCCCCUGUUA